AUUGUAUUUUAGGCUCAGGCUUUACAUGCUCAGGUUGUGCGAUUGUGAAUCGUGACUCGUGGCGUAAUGUGCACAUUUUCUAGGUUAUGCUAAAUUAUAAAAGUACCAAUAAGCUUUUAAAAAAAACUAAAAAUGCUGAAUUGAAAACAGACUCUGAGGAUACCUGUGGAGUCAUUAAUCUAUGCCUGUACAUAUAAUAAAUUAAUAUAAAUGUACCAACCAAGACUAUAGGUAAUUAUGUUCUGUAAUACAUACGAGUAUUACUGAGCGGUUUUCGAGGAGUUUUUACCGUGAAACUAGUUCAAUUCCAUUGAAAUGAAACCGGUUACUUCAGAGAUGAUUUCCCAGCCCCUUUUCGGAGCAUGGGACUACGUAGUUCUUGCCCUAGUAUUGGCUACCUCAUCAGCUAUAGGUAUAUACUACAGAUUCACAGGCGGAAAACAAAAAACAAUGAAAGAAUAUUUGCUAGCCGACCAGAACAUGUCCAUUACUCCUGUUGCCUUUUCACUUAUGGCCUCUUUCAUGUCAGCCGUAACACUAUUGGGCGUAUCCAGUGAAAAUUACACCUAUGGCAUACAGUUCAUCGUCAUCAACUUUUCCUAUGGAUUGUUCACGCCAGUAGCAGCCUAUUUAUAUCUACCUGUAUUCUUUAAAUUGCAAGCCACCAGUGCAUAUGAGUACUUAGAAAGAAGAUUUGGUAAGGUGGCUAGAUUAGCAGCAUCUUUAUGUUACACCCUCCAAAUGACCUUAUACAUGGGCAUAGUUCUAUAUGCUCCAGCCUUGGCACUAGAAGCACUCACAGGGAUAUCUCAAGUAGCUGCCAUUUUGUCAGUAGGCUUGGUCUGUACAUUUUAUUCGUCUAUUGGUGGGAUGAAAGCGGUAUUGAUGACUGACGUAUUUCAAUCAUUGCUAAUGUUUGCAGCUGUCUUCAGUAUUAUUAUAUUCGCCUGGAUUGAUACAGGUAGUCUAUCCGAAAUUUGGAGGAUUGCUGAACGGGGCAAUAGAACCAGCCUCUUAAAUUUCGAUCCCGACCCAACCGUGCGUCACACCUGGUUAUCGCUAGUGAUUGGUGGUGGUGUCACAUUCUUAUCCCUAUACGCUGUCAACCAAACGCAGGUUCAGAGAUACUUAACGAUAAAAGACCUGAAAGGGGCCCAAAAAGCGCUAUGGUGGAACUGGCCUAUUUUGACAGCUCUAAGCCUCAGUACAUCUUUUUCAGGAUUGGCAAUAUAUUCCAGAUACCACAAGUGUGAUCCUUUCAAUGCCAAGUACAUCAGCAGUUUCGAUCAGUUGAUGCCUUAUUAUGUUGUUGAAACUAUGGGACAUAUACCAGGCCUUUCAGGUUUAUUUGUGGCUGGUAUUUUCAGUGCUUCCUUAUCUACAGUAUCAGCAGCACUCAAUAGUUUGGCUGCCAUCACAAUUGAAGAUUAUAUCAAGCCACUUUAUCUUUACAUCCGUAAAAAACCACUGUCGUCAAAAGUUGCUGGGGUGCAAACAAAAUUGAUCUCCAUGGUUUUCGGAAUAAUCUCAAUAGCUGUGGCUUUCUUGGCCCAACUACUUGGAGGAGUACUACAGGCGGCCUUGACAAUUUUUGGGGUUGUCGGGGGACCACUACUGGGACUUUUCUCGUUGGGAAUGUUCACUACAAUCGCCAAUGAGGAGGGCUCUGUGACUGGUCUUGUCUGUGGAGUAGCCUUUGCCCUUUGGAUGGCCUUUGGAAAGAAACCACCUGCUGUAACAUUGGCUAGGUCCACUGAAGGCUGUGAAGCCUUUUCUAAUUCUACUGUAAUCACACCCUCACCGCCAAUUCCACAUAACACCAGUGACUAUCUCUGGAUACACCGAGUCUCUUACCUCUACAAUGGCGUAUUCGGUCUGGUGAUCACUCUCGUAAUUGGCUUACUCUUCAGUUAUAUCAUCGAAAAAUGCUCAAAUAAACCAAAGAAGGACUACGAUCCGAACCUAUUCAUUCCACCUCUGGCGAAACGAUUGAGGAGGAAAAUGAACUCAACUUUCACUCUCACCACCUUGCCUGAAAUCGGUUCCUCACUAUAUAAUUUAAUGUACUUAGUACUAAUCAUUCCCUCAGGGUAGUCCGGUUGUCAAGUGUACUUAGAUGAAAUUUACAACAAUAUUUGCAGUGUAUUUGUUGAAUUUUUACAUAGCUUUCUAAUUAUUGAGAUUGAUAUACACACUGUUCAAUUCUAUUGAGUAAAUCUACAUAUUUUAUUGCUUUUAUAUACAUUUUCCAGCUGAGGCCAGAUUAUCCUCAUAUUUUCUCUGCUCUGUAUAAAUGAUCAGUUGCAGUUGAUUUCAGCCAUUUACUGUAACUAAUCAUAAACUCAAAUGAAAACCUAGACACGCCUAUGUUUUAAGAAUGAGGAAAUAUUCUGAAGUAAAAAAUAUUGAUUUCAUGAUUAUCAUCAUCAUUUUUUCUCAAGAAUUUAACAUUCCAACCUACCUAACAAAUAAUCUAAGAAUAUUUUACUCACAAUGAGCCUAUAAUUGCCAGUAAUUGUCACAUUUUUAUUUUAAAAUUGUUAAUUGAUUGUAAAUAAUUGUUACUGUUGAAAUUGUUGAUUUUCUAUACCAUUCAAUUUUAUGAGCAAAUGUCUUCCAAAUUUUGUAUCGUUUUUUUUUAAAUAUAAAUUUUGUAUU